CCUGAUACCUUUGGCAACAGCCCACCGGCGCCUAUCAUGCUUUUCUAGGAAAUGUAGCCACCAAACCCCAGAUAUCGGCAAUCGCCCACGCGUUCUGGAUGUCACCUGCACAAAACGACAAAUUCUGCACUAACGCAAUCUGGCAAAGUACCCGCCUCUUGAUAAUGCAAGAGGAGGUGGGGGGGAGUGUCUGGGUUCCGGCAAAGCAUGGAAACGUGGGGAAUGCUAGACUGAUUAUGGUGAAGUACGCGCUUGAGAACACCAGAUGACGAUGGUGAUGAUGGGUUUGCAUACUGGCGAUCGGCAGGAGGGGAAACGAUCUCUGGAGUGAGGGAUCCUUCCGUCUGUUGAAGAAAGAUCAAUGAUGCAUUCCGAAUCGGUACUCUUGGCCCUCAGUUGGGCAGCCAUUGCUACCGCCCACGCCGGCCAUGGGCAGUCUCAGAAGAGCAUUGCUGGACCCCACAAGUCUCUGUGGUAUAACACACUUCCCGGUGAUGGUGGUACACAGGCCGACUCGGUCUUCUCCGGUAUCUCUACCUUUGGCCGUCUGCCCUACCAGCCUUGCCUUCAAAACCCCGACGCCAUCUACGACAUUGCUUUCAUCGGUGCCCCUUUCGACACAGGGACAUCGUAUCGGCCUGGUGCUAGAUUCGGUCCCUCCGGGAUUCGACAAGGCUCUCGUCGUCUGAAUCUUUAUGGAGGAUACAAUGUUCCCCUGAAGACCAACCCCUUCAACAGCUGGGCCACUGUGCUCGACUGCGGUGACAUCCCCGUUACCUCGUACGACAACACUUGGGCUCUGAAGCAGAUUGAGGAAGGUCAUUUCCAUAUCCUCUCGCGCCCGCCUGCGACAGAUGCCGACAAGAGGGGCCCGGCAAUCAAGGGCAAGACGCUGCCUCGCGUCAUCACGCUGGGCGGAGACCAUACCAUCACCCUGCCCCUGCUGCGGUCCAUCAACCGUGCCUACGGCCCCGUCUCAGUCAUUCAUUUUGACAGCCACCUGGACACAUGGAAACCCAAGGUCUUUGGCGGAUCUCCCUCCGACGUCGCCGCAAUCAACCAUGGCACCUACUUCUACCACGCCGCCAUGGAGGGUCUGCUCGCCAACGACACCAACAUCCACGCCGGAAUCCGCACCACUCUCAGCGGGCCCAGCGACUACGACAACGACGGCUACUGCGGCUUUGAGAUUGUUGAGGCCCGCGAGAUCGACACGAUUGGCACCGACGGCAUCAUCAAGAGGAUCCUCGACCGCGUUGGCACCAAGAGGCCCGUCUACCUCUCCAUCGACAUUGACACGCUGGACCCGGCAUUUGCCCCGGCCACCGGCACGCCCGAGACAGGAGGCUGGUCGACGAGGGAGCUUCGAACCAUCCUUCGCGGGCUGGAGGACCUCAACUUGAUCGCAGCCGACAUUGUCGAGGUCGCUCCCGCGUAUGACACGAACGCCGAGCACACGACCAUGGCUGCGGCCGAUGUGCUCUAUGAGGUCAUGAGCAUCAUGGUGAAGAAGGGCCCCUUGAGCAAGAUGAUUGAAAACAAUGAGGCGGAUGAUCUUUGAUUUUUGAGUGGUGAACUGGGACUCGACAGAUGAGCAUGAACAGGGCGUUUCAGGGGGAUUGAAAGGUUUGAAAUGAACUUCACGAGCUAGAAGAAUACACCGCCCCAUA